CGUCUGGACUGGGCCUGCGAGCGGUCAGCGUGCUCCGGUCUGUCGGAGCUAACCGCUGCUUGGCGGGCCUCCGAGGCCCGGCACACGCCACAGCCGAGCGAAGAUGGUGGGACGGAACAGUGCCAUUGCCGCAGGCGUGUGCGGUGCCCUCUUCAUCGGGUACUGCAUCUACUUUGACCAUAAAAGGCGGAGUGACCCCAACUUCAAGAACAGGCUUCGAGAACGAAGAAAGAAACAGAAGCUUGCUAAGGAAAGAGCUGGGCUUUCCAAGUUACCUGACUUAAAAGAUGCUGAAGCUGUUCAAAAAUUCUUCCUUGAAGAGAUACAGCUUGGUGAAGAGUUAUUAGCACAAGGUGAAUAUGAGAAGGGUGUAGACCACUUGACAAAUGCAAUUGCUGUGUGUGGACAGCCUCAGCAGCUGCUGCAAGUGUUGCAGCAGACUCUUCCACCACCAGUGUUCCAGAUGCUUCUGACCAAGCUUCCAACCAUUAAUCAGAGAAUUGUAAGUGCUCAGAGCUUGGCGGAAGAUGAUGUGGAAUGAGCCAGAUAUCAACAUGAUAAAAUCUCAGUUAAAAUUAUUUAACCAUUAGCU